CCUGCGCAGUCAAUACAUAGGACAUAAAUACAUACCAUGUGGGCUUUACAGCGUAUCGGCACGCUGCCGCAUCCGCACACCCGCGCUUGCAGUCGGCAUGACCCGCCGAAUUCCGGAGUUGCUGCUCACACCGCCAAUUCCUUUACGCGUCUGUGCCAUUCAACAUUACGUCACGCCUCAAUAGCAUCACACGUCGAAGCCAGCUCGGCGCCAUUCGUCGGCGCAGGGCCUGGGAGCCAGCCAUCCCAGGCUGCCGGCGUCAGCCCCCAGCAAACGGCAACACGCCAGCAGUCUGGCGAGCCCGUGUCGACACCAGCGACACGGCAGCCCACAGAGAGUGAAAAUAGGAGAUCAAGGCCCCACAGUGCGGCUGCAAGCAACAGCAGUGGAGGCGGUUCAGAAGGGCGUGAAGACGCUGGGUUACUAGGAGGCGGCCAUAGCAGCGGCCAUGGGCGCAGUGGUGGCGGCGGUGGCAACAGUGGCUCAGGGGGCGGCGGCACAGGGCCAGGGCCAGGGCCAGAUGGCGGUGGGGACGACGGCGACGCCAAAGGGACUCCGGCGAACCGGUACCCUACUUGGCUACGGGCGUGGCUGAUCGCCUGCGGCGCCGUAUACCUGCUGCUGCUGCGGCCGCGGCUGUUUGCGGAGCGGGAUGAGCGCAAGCGGCACAUGGAGCGGGAGGCGGCCGAGUUUGCCAAGUAUGAGGAGGACUGGGACAGGCUGGUGGCGAGCUACAAGGCGAAGGAGGAGGGCGCGGGCAAGGGCGGGAAGGCAAAGCCGGCCCAGCAGCUCAAGUGAUGAGCAGCUGGCGGGAAAGCAGCGCACACAGCGGUUUGGACUGCUCAAGAGCUGGCGGCGGCGGCGCUGCUGGCCGGGGGCCUGUCGUUCUUCACGUGCGCUUGGCGAUGGCCGCCAGCGCAUGCGCCGUGGAGCCAUGGGAGCGCACUGCCUCCAGCAGGGAGGAGGGUGAGGCACGGGCCACAUGGAGGAGCCCGACGGGGAGCUGUGCCCCCGGGGAGGGGAGCUGUCGCGUGCAAACACAGAGCUGCCCCGGUUCUAUGGAGCAGGAGGAGUGGCGGCAACAGCCGAGGGCAACCAUAUUGCUUUUAUCCGAUGGCCGCAGACCCAAACCAACUCUGUAACACGGAUGAAAU